UCAGCAGUGUGCACGUGACGUUGCCGUGUGUGUGACGGUCCCCAUUGCCGCGCGGUGUCAUGGAGAUGACGACGACGUCGAGCGGGCGCGAUGUUAAACGCGGGUGACGCCAGCCGAAGGCUCCGCCGCCAGCACGGCUUCCAGCUGCCGCUGCACCCGCUGCAGCUGACCGGCUGGCUGACACUGGCAGCCCUCUCCGCCGGCUCGUUCCUGGUCCUGGUGCCGGCUUUGCCGCUGCACGCGCAACCCGCCUGUCUAGCGGCGCUCAGCGUCUUGUUGCUGCUGCACACCGCAGCCCACGUAACCGCCGCUCUAGUCGAUCCCGCCGAAGAAGCUCUAAGAAAGAGGGUGCCAGAAGUGGUGCCCCAGUUGGACCGCGCCAAGCACGCUCACGUAAUCGAAGGCGGCCUGUGCCACCUGUGCGGCAUCGAGACGAGCAGUCCGCGAACGAAGCACUGCAGCGUGUGCAACAAGUGCGUCGCCUCCUUCGACCACCACUGCAAGUGGCUGAACCACUGCAUCGGCGGUCGCAACUACGGCCUCUUCCUCAUGUGCGUGUCCACGGCGGUGGCGGCGGCUGCUCUGGUCGCCGCCAUUGCCAUCGCCGAGCUGGUGCUACAUCAAACUUCUUCUUCGUCUACGACACACUCGCACUCGGAUUCCCAUUAUAAUGAUGCUCUCGAUAAGAAGGAAAACAUUUCCUCAAAUCCCGGCCACCAGUCGUCCCUUCCUUCGGGCGAUGCCGCCUUUCUGGCAGUGGUGGCAGCGUUGGGACUGCUAGCGGCCAUCACUGCAGGACUGCUCUUGCACCUGUGUUUCUUUCAUAUCUACAUCUCGUUCCUGGGCCUGACCACGUACGAGUAUAUCAGACAGCAACGCCAGAACCAAGUCCAGCCGCACGUGUCGAUCACUCAAGACGAAGACGAUGCGUUACAGAACCUAAGAAACUCAACGCUUAGACAACACCGUCCUUUAAAUUUGCGCUGCGACGGGCGGUCGCGGACGACGCUCCUCACCUGUACCGUCCUGGAGGAGACGUUCAGCAACUGCACGGCCGAACCGACGCCGACGCCUCCAUCCACGCCGCAGGAUUGCCAGAUGUGCGUGAUGAGCAACAAUUCCGUCGCGCCGGAGAUCAAGGUGCAGCAGAAGAAAGUGAAGAAACGAUGGAAUUGCUGCGUGUCCGUGCCGGACAGCCCGGACGAUCCCCACAGUCCCUCCGAACCGCGGUGCCUCAUGUCCCUUUGCAAGCACAAAGCCAAAAGCAAGAGUCUGCCCGCUCUUGAAUCCCGUCCGCACAGGACACACGGACACUGGUCCAGUGCAAAGCUGAGAGUUUUAUUUAGAGUCUUAGGUAAUUUGGGACAGAACAGGAGAAGGAGCGGCAGCAGUGAGUCCCAAAAUCACGUAGCGAAAAGUAACCAAGUGGUGCCUGUCCCGACUAAUACGUCGAGCAAUUCAGAUAUACAAACUGUUAAUAAUAUAGUGCCAGUUCCCUGUUAUCCCGAAGUGUCUAGGAGGAUGAAUAAUCUACCCGCCCUACCUAUCCCUCCAAGGAGGAGGCUUAUUAGUGAAACGGAGUUAGCCAGCGCCCUUACCAUGCUUCAACAACAACAGCAAAGAUGCGGCUCCCGGCGUCCUUCGUAUCGUCGGCGUCGCCGUAGCCAGGUGCACCGCACCAAAACGCCCGCGCUCUCCCCCAUCAGGGAAAGCGGCCUGUCCAACCCCGCGUCUCCGUCCCGACAGACCUGCACCGUGUCCGCUAUAACCGGAUCGUGCACACGUCCAUUUUAACCACAACAAAACAAUGAAAACAGAAAUACUCCACUCCCCUCUUGGAUAUUUAGGGGCACCAUUCAUUACGUGAAAGGUGCAUGCGAUGUCAGAGGUGCGGUUCAAUACUUAUUAUUAUUACCUACUACAAUCUAAAGACCAUUCAAUUAUUUAGAGUAAGUCAUAAUAUUAUUAGACGAGUUAUGGCCUUUGGUUACGACGGUUACAUUAAGUAAUUAUUUAAUUAUUACUCGUUUACUACAGCUGCAAAAAUGGCGAUCCGGAAUCAUUUUGACACGACCAAAAAACAAUUAUUUAAGUUUUUCAUUAAAAUUAUUUGAUUUUAAAUUUAAAAAGUCAAUCUGACCAUAGUAAAGUAUGGCACGUUGUUUUAGCAUUUAUUAGAUAAUAGUGUAAAGAAAUUUAAAGUUACAUUGUUUUAAACUCAAAACAAUUGAUAGUUAAAAAAUAUUUUAAAUACAAAAUACAACUGUAAAACUUUAAGCUUAAAACAUUGAUUUUUAAAAAAAAUUAAUAUUUUAUUCUACAAAAUUAUC